AUGUUGAACUUAAAACAUGAUGAACAGCAGCAGCCACAACAAAAACAAAGAAAACUAGAAAAAGUUUAUCGUGGAUUGAGGGUUACUGAUGCUGAAAUUGAAGAAUUGAAAUUAAAUGUUGGACGAAUUAUAUCAACGAAUGGGUUUUUAUCUGCAACGCCUUCAUCUGCUAUAGCUAAAAUUUAUAUUCAAGAUGAACAAGAAGUAUUAUUCGAUUUAGGUACGAUAUUUCGCGUUUUAAAUGUGACGUAUAGUGAUCAUCGUCGUUUAUGGAUUGUAUCAUUAAUAACAACUGCAGAUGAUGACAAUGACAUACAGAAUAAAUAUAUUACAAAUAGACGAUAUAAUGAAAUGCUUAAAAUUCCCGUUGGCAAAAAUAUUGAUCAGCAACUGCCAUACAUAUUUGUUUCUGUUUUAAAUGAAAUUGGCUUGUAUGAAAAUGCAAUAUCAUUCUAUGAAGAUUCAUUACAAUUUAAUAUUAUAAAUGAUGCAGAACUUAAUCAAAAACUCUAUCAAGAUUUAGGUAUAGCAUAUUUAUAUGUUAAAAAAUAUGAUUUAGCACAAAAAUAUACAAUGAAUGCAUAUGAUUUAGCUUGUGAAAAACAUAAUACAAAUGAUAUAGCAGCUUGUCUAGCACGUCUUGCUAUAGUUCAUAUGAAACAAGGUGAACAUGAUUCUGUUCUUUUCUAUUUUGAACAAGCAAUACAAAAAUCAAUGACUGGUCAAGAUGGACAGGGAUUUUGUGCUUUAUUAAUGUGUCAUUAUCACAUGGGUGAAAUAUACUAUGAUAUCGACAAUUACACAUAUGCAGAUAAACAUUAUCGCCGAGCGUUAAAAAUAUAUGAUAUAAUAAAAGAAAAGCAUUUUAAAAAGGUUUUGAUGCUUUACGAUAAAUUUUCAUCAUUUUCAUUUGAUUCUAAUUUCGGUAUUAUCGAAAUUAAUGAAGAAAUUGGAAAGUUAUUUCAUGAAUUAGGACAAUAUGAUUCGGCUAUUGAAUAUUUUUCAAUUGCACUGAAGUUGGCAAACGAUAAAACGAAUAAAAAUGUAUAUUUAAUUGCACGUUUAUAUAAUGUUAUUGGACGUUGUUAUCAAUAUUAA